ACCAAGACUGUGGAAGAGGCAAUGGCGGCGCCCAUGCUCCGCUUGUGCUGUCCUGGAAGGCGUUGGGCUUUAGCCUGCAUUGACGGUUGUUCUCGCCACAGAAGAGGGGCUCCGAAUGGGUGCACGUCCAGCAGGAAAAGGGGACAGAGCUCAGUGGCUCAGCAGCCGUUCAUCACGGCCCAGAAGUCGAGGAAAGGUGAACACGAGUGGGCAGCUGUGGUAGGUUUGGAAAUUCAUGCCCAGAUUUCCUCCAAGUCUAAACUCUUCUCUGGAUCUCAAGUCCAUUUUGCAGCACCUCCAAAUUCUUUGGUAUCUUUUUUUGAUGCAUCUCUGCCUGGAACUUUGCCGGUUCUCAACAGGAGGUGCGUAGAAGCGGCGGUGAUGACAGGCCUGGCGCUGAACUGCCGCAUAAACAAGAAGUCCUUGUUUGACAGGAAGCACUACUUCUAUGCAGACCUCCCUGCAGGCUACCAAAUUACCCAGCAAAGGCUCCCAAUCGCUGUGAAUGGGAGCCUGAUGUACAGCUUCUGUGCAGGCAAGAACCGGAGUCAGGUGAUCAACAAGACAGCGAGGGUCAAGCAGAUCCAGCUGGAGCAAGACAGUGGCAAAAGCCUCCACGAUGACCUGCGCUCUCAGACGCUCAUUGAUUUGAACAGGGCGGGAGUUGGCCUGCUGGAAGUGGUCCUGGAGCCCGAUAUGUCCUGUGGAGAAGAGGCGGCAACAGCAGUCAGGGAGCUGCAGCUGAUACUUCAAGCCCUGGGGACCAGCCAGGCAAAUAUGGCAGAGGGCCAGUUGAGAGUGGAUGCCAAUAUAUCUGUGCAUCAUCCUGGAGAGCCUUUGGGCGUUCGAACUGAAGUGAAGAAUCUCAACAGUGCCAGGUUCUUGGCCAAAGCAAUAGACUAUGAAAUUCAGAGACAAAUCAAUGAACUUGAGAAUGGAGGUGAAAUUCUAAAUGAAACUCGCUCAUUUGAUUCCAAGCUGGGGUGCACCAUACCGAUGAGAGACAAAGAAGGAAAACAAGACUACAGGUUUAUGCCCGAACCCAACCUCCCUCCCCUGCUGCUCUACGACACUGAGUCUCUGCCCGCCGGCGCAGACCCGCAGCAAGUGAUCGAUAUUGACCGGAUUCGGGAGCAGCUGCCCGAGCUCCCCAGCGUGACCCGGGAAAAGCUUGUCCAACAGUAUGGGAUGCUGCCGGAACACAGCUUCACCUUACUGAAUGAAGUUGGCCUACUGGAGUUCUUCCAAAAUGUGAUGAAAGAAACUAGGGCAGAGCCAAAAAAAGUGACUAGUUGGGUCCUCAACACUCUUCUGGGUUUUUUAAAGCAACAGAACCUUGCUGUCAGUGAGAGUCCUGUCACCCCUUCUGCACUGGCGGAGCUGCUCAACCUGCUGGACAGGAAAGCAAUUUCUUCAUCAGCAGCUAAACAGGUGUUCGAGGAACUGUGGAGGAAUGAAGGGAAGACCCCAGCACAGAUUGUUUCAGAAAAGAAGCUGGAACUGAUGCAGGAUCAAGAGGCACUGGAACAGCUCUGCCACGCCGUGAUGGAGGGACAUCCUCAAGUGGUAAUGGAUGUGAAGAAGGGAAACCCCAGAGCUAUAAAUAAACUGAUUGGGUUGGUCCGAAAAGCGACUCUCAGCCGAGCAGACCCGACCGUGAUAAAGGAGAUACUGGAGAAGAAGCUGGCCUCGUGACAUG